AAAGAACGCCGCCAAGAGGUUAAUCGUCGUUGAAGGGCAUUUACGUAAAUUACAAUCCUCCCCGAUAAACUUUCUGAAUCGUCAAAACUUUUCUUGAUAAUCAAGACGAGUCUCUCUAUUAUACAGUGUAAAAAAUUGAUACCCAAAUCGCCUUAGUUUCUUCAUCCAAAAACUGAAAAAGAAACCUUCUGAAACAAAUCUUGUAGGAUGAAAAGUGGUUCAUCAGAGACCAAAUUGUUACAAGAAUUGAUUCUUUAUGCCGCAAGCGCAGCUCUUAGUUGUCUCGUAUUGUUUGUGGGGCUCCGGCAGCUUGACCCGAAUCGAGAGGCAUCCAAGAAGGCUCUUGAACACAAGAAGGAAAUUGCUAAGCGAUUGGGUCGACCCCUCAUUCAAACCAAUCCCUAUGAGGAUGUGAUAGCCUGUGAUGUAGUGAACCCUGAUCAUAUAGAUGUGGAAUUUAAUUCCAUUGGCGGGUUAGAAUCCAUUAAGCAAGCAUUAUGUGAAUUAGUAAUUCUUCCCAUGCGAAGACCUGAGCUGUUUUCUCAUGGAAAGUUACUCGGCCCACAAAAAGGAGUCUUGCUUUAUGGACCACCUGGGACUGGAAAGACCAUGCUUGCCAAAGCAAUUGCUAAAGAGUCGGGUGCUGUUUUUAUUAAUGUGAGAAUAUCAAAUUUGAUGAGCAAAUGGUUCGGUGAUGCACAAAAAUUAGUUGCUGCUGUAUUUAGUUUGGCACAUAAACUCCAGCCAGCAAUUAUAUUUAUUGAUGAAGUUGAUAGCUUUUUGGGCCAGCGCAAGGCCACCGAUCAUGAAGCAUUAACAAACAUGAAAACUGAAUUCAUGGCUUUAUGGGAUGGUUUUACCACAGAUCAGAAUGCACGAGUGAUGGUUCUUGCUGCAACUAAUCGCCCAUCUGAGCUUGAUGAAGCAAUCCUCCGACGUCUUCCUCAAGCCUUUGAGAUUGGGUUCCCCGACCGUAAAGAGAGAGCAGAGAUUCUGAAGGUGAUUCUGAGGGGAGAGAGGGUGGAAGAUACCAUCGACUAUGACCGCAUUGCUAGUUUAUGUGAUGGUUACACUGGUUCAGAUCUUUUUGAGCUCUGUAAAAAAGCUGCCUACUUUCCUAUCCGUGACCUUCUUAAUGAUGAGAAAAGUGGAAAGCCUUCCGCGCAGGAGCCAAGGCCAUUAUCAGAAUCAGAUUUGGAGAAAGUUAUAGCUACAUCAAAAAAGACACAGGUUGCUGCAAAUGAAUACAACUCCUUACGUUCACAACUUGUUGGAUUGUCAAGGCAAACAGAUACAGAUGAUUAUCCAGUCCAAGCUGCUAUCAGCGAGCUAUCCAAGCUUGUGGUUUCUCAAAUUUUGAAUCUCCAGGCAGAGAACCAAGAUUCUUAACUGCCACUAGCAAUUGCCAUACAGUACUAUGGACUGGACUUGCAUGCAUAUAUGGGAAAUUGCACGGUUCUUUACGGCUCUGCUGUGUCUUGGAGAAUGUCGUAUUCAGGUUUUCUGCUAGUGUAUUAUAGAGGGUAUUGAUUGACAGACUCUAUUUUUGCCAGGUGAAGUUAAUGUUCAAGCUAUAAUGUACAAUAUAUUAGGCUACCUAAUAUAGUUAGGUCUUGCAUCCUCUAUUAAAUGAAUGAUGUUGUAGCUCUACAGUCUAAUUCAAUAUCUCAUUUCUCCCCUUGUAGA